AUGGCGCCUGUGCUCUUGUCUCGUGGCCUCGACCCCGUUCUCGGCGUCUUCACCGGCGUCCUCGCGUACUACUUGUACGAAAAUAACCCUCGUACUGCACCUCCGCCAGAUCAAAAACUGGAGUCACUCGUUCGUUGGAAGAUGGCAAAGAGGCAGGCAGAACAGCAGCGCUCUGUAGAGGAAGCCAAUCGGAAGGAGGCUUGA